AUGGCGGAUAACGAAGGCGGAUCGCAAGAUUCUGUGGAGGCUAGGGCAGAGGUACAUGCUGCUUAUGAUGGAAACUCUGCUCAAGAUAGUGACAAGCCAUUUUUAUGCAAACUCUGUUUGAAAAAGUUUUCCAGUAGCUCGAGUUUGUCACGUCACAAAAGGGUGCACUCUGGAGUAACAGCUCAUCAGUGUAAACAUUGUUCAAAAAAGUUUUUAUAUAAACAUACUCUUCUUUCUCAUUUGCAUACUCAUGGCGAAAUGCCAUACAAGUGUGCAUUGUGUUUUAAAGUGUUUGGUACUAGGUCACAGCUAAAGCUACACAGAGAAAAAAUACACAACCAGGUGCCAUUUGAGUGCCUAGAGUGCCAUGCAAAGUUUGGAUCUAAGCACCAACUAGUCACUCACAUUCGUUCUCACACUGGUGAGAAACCUUAUAAGUGUCAUAUAUGAAGCUCUUUUUUUCAGAAAGGGCAUUUAAAUGUUCAUCUCCAGAAACAUUCGGGGGAGCGUCAGUUUUCAUGUGGUCAUUGCAAAGCUGAAUUUUAUGAGAAAGGCCAUCUCCUGAAACACAUCACAAUUCACACAAGUGAAUGCCCAUACUCAUGUCCAGACUGCCCUGCUACAUUCCGAUCUAUGUCAGCUUUGAAAGCACAUGCUGUUGUCCAUAGCAGCGAUCAACCUUUUUCUUGUUCAUUGUGUUUCAAAUCCUUUAAAAGGAAGCACUCACUGGAACUCCAUUUACGAGCCCAUGCUGGGGAGAGACCAUAUACCUGUGAUAUUUGUGGAGUCAGUUUUAGUCAGAUGGGUAACAUGCGGUCUCACAGGAAGACCCAUGGAUCUGAAAAAACAUUUGUAUGUACCUUGUGCCCUGCUGCAUUUCACAGAAAGGCUCACCUGGAUCAGCAUUCGAGAGUGCAUGGUGGGAUUAGAAGCUUCAUUUGUGGUGUAUGUGGAAAAGCAACUUUUCAGGCCUCUGAGCUGAUUGUGCAUAUGCGAAUACAUUUAAAUUUGAGACCCUUCAUUUGUGACCAGUGUGGCAAAGAAUUUCGCUUCCAGUCCAAUUUGAGAUCUCACAAGCUGACCCAUACGGGAAAAAAGAAGUUUACAUGUCACCUGUGUACUUCCCGGUUUAUGAGAAAGAGUCAGUUAACAAGUCAUAUCAAAACUCAUGCUGGGGAGAAGCCAUACACUUGUUCAGACUGUGGCACGUCAUUUGCUCGAUCAUCAACACUGAAAGUUCAUCAGCGAAUACAUACAGGGGAAAGACCCUACAAAUGUGACUUGUGCCCAAAGUGCUUCACCCAGAGCAGCGACCUAGAAACACACAGAAGGAUCCACACUGGUUUCAAACCCUACAAAUGUACUACUUGCUCUGCUGCAUUUAGUCGCAAGUCUGGCCUUAACAGGCAUCGGUUUUGUCAUUCAGGUGAAAAAAGUUUUGCUUUUAAAUGUCAGGAGUGUGAUAAAUGUUUUGACACCAAAGGAGAUCUCAACAAGCAUAUGGUCAUGCACACUGGAAUCAGAAACUACAAAUGUCAGGACUGUGAAGCAACUUUCAAACUUUCGGCGCAUUUAAGUCGCCACAAGCGCUCUCACUUGUAUUCUAAACCACACAGAUGUUCAAACUGCAGCUCCUGCUUUGCUCGUUCUGAUGCUCUUAAGGAUCAUCAGGCACGAGCCCAUACAGGAGUUCUCAAAUUUCAGUGUCAGCUAUGCUCAGGCUGGUUUUCUAAGCACAAAUCAAUGGCCUUCCACAAAAGAGGAUGUACUGGGAAAAUACUAGAAGAAAAGGCAGAAAAAUUUUAGAAGUGGAAUUGUCAUGUGAUCUGUUUAAAAGAUGAAAGUGUGAGUGGCAUAUUAUGACAUAGAUGUAUUAGAAAAACUGCGCAUUGGUACUGUUAAUCCAUUCUGUGUAUGUUCAUGCACACAUGAAAGAUCAUUUUAUUAAUAUUUUUAUUGAUCAUUGUAUGCAGUAGCAAAUGGCAAUGACAUUGCACAGUAUCGAUUUCAUUUAAUGGAAUUUCAAUAUAGCAUGAUAAUUGUAAGGUUACUGCAUGUUAUUUAUGAAUAGAUUUUUAAAAUAUCAACUGGUAAAAUCUGAGAAGUGAAAAAUAAUUAUCUGGGCAUAAGCACAUGCAUGUAUGCGCACACUCACACACAUCUAUCACUCUCACAAAGAUAGUACAUUAAAGAUGCAUAUCUGAGCAUAAAACAUAUUUUGUAUUUGAAUGUAUCAGUUUGCACGUUUUCAUUGUACGUGGUAUGAUUGACACUUGUAUGGGAUAAAUAUCUGGUAGACUAAUUCUGUUAAAGAUAUAUAUUUCUGCCAGUUGGUUGAUUGGUUGUUUGGUUUAUUGGGAAAGUGUUCCACCUUUAGGUGAUUUUGCACUGAGGGAAGAGAGAAGAGUGGGAGAGGAAAUUGGAUUACCCAAGUAAACCCUCUGACAGUCUACCAUGCAAAUAGGUGUGGCAUACAAAAUGUCUCAAGAUGAGAUCUGAACCCUUGGCAUCUCACUGCAUUGGUAAAAAUUGUUUUAAUCACUGCUCUACCAGGUUUACCUUAUCUGCCAAUUAUUCAUCUAAUCUGCAUUUAUGGACCAUGCUAGAUAGGGUUCAUAUCUCCCUCCUGACACCUCUUUAGCAAAGUUUGAUGGAGUUCCUUUUGUUAACAUCCAGUCUAUAGCAGAGAUUCUCAACCUUUUUUGUGACUGUACCCUCAAAGGGCGAAAGUAUGUCCGUACCCCUCGCGUGUAAGUUCACUCAUAGAAGUAUUUAUUUUCAUAAUGGUGUGUGCUUAUUUAUGUCGCUGCAUAACCCUUGCCAUACCCCUAGUGGUACACAUACCAUCGGUUGAAAACCACUGGUUUACAGAGUUGUUUCUUUCCUGAGUGAGAUGAGUAUGCAACCAGGACAAAGGCUUUAUUGAAAUGGAAUUUUACCUUCCAUUUGAAUCACACUUUAUGAUGAAACUUAAAUUGUCUUAAGGAGUGACAUCUGAGCAUCACAAGAUGUAAAAAUGUUAUGAUCAGAGAGAAAAAAGGAUGCACUGUU